AUGGCAUCACCGUCAACAAUAACAACAUCUGCUACAUCUGCAGUCCCAGCACUCACCACAACCUUCACUCCAGCCGCUUCCUGCCUCACAGAUCUAUACUUGAACAACAUCGUCUCCAACGGCUUCAUAUGGGAUUAUCGUCAACUCGGUCCAGCACCGACCGGCACAGAUUGCUACCCACCUAAGUUUGCUGCUACACCCUCCGCAUAUUUUUCACCUGGUAUAUGUCCCACUUCCUACACAAUCGCUUGCUCGACCGUGCUCAGUAUUGGCUCUUCCACAGAGACGAGAGCAACCUGUUGUCCAAGUUGUCAAGCGGACAAAACCGCGUGGCCAUGGUAUUCAACGGAUCUCUGCACGUAUGAAGGAUCGACGACGGGCACAUAUCUCUUUACUGCGCAAACAUCAAUUUCAACUGCUAUCGGUCUUGCGAACCUCAAUGCAUACGGUAUGGAGAUUAGAUGGCAGGCGUCCGAUACAUCUACGCCGGGCGCGACGAGCGCCCUCACAACAGCCUCUUCUGCUUUAUCCACGUCGGCGUCUGCAUCACCAGCUUCAACUGCCUUGUCUACUACUCCUACUCCUACGUCCACACCUACAUCUCCAUCCACAUCGUCUCUAUCCACAGGCGCAAAAGCAGGUAUUGGCAUUGGUGCCGCAGUCAGCGCUCUAUUGAUUCUUGCCGGUAUCAUAUUCUUUAUAAUUCGCCGCCGUCGCAAUAGCGCUGCCGCUAAUAAGCAAGAAAAUAUGGAUAUGCAUUUAACGCCGGCUCAAUUACAGCAGCAAGAAUAUUAUGUGGAAGCUGCAGCGGGUGAUGUGCGAAGUAAACCCCCGUAUCAUGAGUUGCCGACACAACCUAAGGAGAGGAAUCCUGUGGAGUUGAGCUCGGAAUCGUGGAGAUGA